GUGCACCAAGAUGGCGGCGACGUGACAACCAUGAGCUCUGCCUCUUCUGCCCGUUUCUCCUCCAGGCUGGGGAGAUGAUGGAGGCCGCCUGGAUCCGGUGCAUCUCCAGACAGAGACUGUCCCCUCCGCUCAGACUGAUCUCUUCCAGAUUAACCCCUCAUAAAUGCUUCUUAACACCAGAUCCGACCAGGCCGGCCAUUGCCCUGAGGACCGGACUGUGUCCUCCCGCUGCUGUACACCUCGGCUUCCCGUUAUUCUCCACAUAUGCAUCCAGGACCUCGGUCUAUGGAGGAUGUGGCCUGAAACAUCUCCGUCAUGGACACAGCCCGGUGGUGUAUGCUAGUUCUAUACAGAGCUGGGACCGGACUCUCCCCAGAGCCCAGAACUUCAUGGGGGGCCGCAGAUCCAUCCACACCACCCGCCGCCUGAACGUCCUCUUACCACCUCAUAUCUGGAUCUUUAUCAAACCGGUGCAGAAACUGUUUGCGAUUAUACUUGGCAGGAGUGUGAGGAGAUGGUGGAAAUCUCUUCCAGCAAACAAGCGGCAGCUGUUUAAAGAGAGUGUGAGGCGGAAUAAGUGGAAGGUGUCUCUUGGUGCCGCAGCGCUGGGAAUUCUCUUCAUUCUCUUUUACUUCACCAAUCUGGAGGAGACUCCUGUUACAGGACGCAGCCGGCUCCUGGUGUUCAGGAAGGAGGACUACGAUCUGCUGACCAGCUUGGAGUAUGAGAACAUGAUGGAGGAGUUUAAGGACGCCAUACUUCCCGCACAGAGCAAACUUCAUCAGCUGGUGCAGAAGGUCGUCGACCACCUUAUCACCUGCAACCGCGACCUGGCCGAGGUGUCCAAGAUCCAGUGGACCGUGCACGUGGUGGACAAGCCGGAGGUCAUCAACGCUUACGUGCUGCCGAACGGUCAGAUAUUUGUGUUCACAGGGAUGCUGAAUGCAGUGAAGGACAUUGAUCAGCUGUCGUUUAUUUUGGGUCAUGAACUCGCACACGCCAUUCUUGAUCAUACGGCGGAGAGGGCGAGCGUCAACCAUUUCCUGGACUUCCUCUUCCUCAUCUCUCUAGCCAUGAUUUGGGCUAUCUGCCCCAUGGACAGCCUCGCUGUUGUCGGUCAGUGGGUUCAGUCCAAACUACGAGAGUUUCUGUUCGAUCGGCCGUACAACCGCACACUGGAGGCUGAAGCAGAUAAAGUGGGACUAGAGCUCGCUGCAAAGGCCUGCGUCGAUGUGAGAGCCAGCUCCGUCUUCUGGAAACAGAUGGAAGUCAUCGACGCCAUAGCAGGGCUGCCCCGCGUCCCGGAAUGGCUCUCCACCCAUCCAUCCCACGAGAACCGAGCGGAGCAUCUGGACAGACUCAUCCCCAAGGCCAUAAAGCUGAGAGAGUCCUGUAACUGCCCAGAUCUUCCUUCCAUUGACCCCAGAGUCAUUUUUGAGAUGUCGGCGAAGGAGCUACUGAAGAACCACAGAGACUCUCAAGACAAAGUUAUAAGCGGCCCCAGUGAACUUCUCCAGGUGGAGGACAGAGUCGCAGUCACGGCUGCAGUCAUAGGAGCUUAGCGGAGUGUUUAGUAUGGGAUGUAUGAUGCACCUUUAGAGUGGACCGAUCCUUAGUAUUAUUAUUGUUUUUUUGUUUUGUUUUGUUUUUUGGGAGCUCCAAAUCCACUGCCAUUCAGUUAUAUGAUCAAAUUAUGUCUGCCCCCAACCACCACUAGGGGGAGCUCCCUGCGUACAGAUUCAUACAGUUCUGCAGUAAGCUCAUGAGCUCCCCCUAGUGGGGGCUGCAGUCACAUUUUUAUCAUGUAACUCUAUGGAGGGAAGCAGUGUCUCCAGCUAACAGGAAAAUGGACUCCUGCCCCUAUAAUUAUACCUAUUAGGUAUAGUAUGCACAGAAUCUGUAUAGAGAUUUUAUAGAAUGUUAUUGGUGGAGGACCUUAAGCAGCGUCACUGAAACUAAAGGGCUGCAUCGCUCACAAUAGCGCUCCCAUUGGGAUCUACGCCACCCGCUUCCAUCCAAGAACAUCUCUGAAGCCAUUCAGUCUAGCAGCAGUGAUGGGGUAUCCGGCUCAUGGACGUAACACACUCACAGGGUAGGGAGUUUUUAUUUUUAUUUUUUUUAUAAAAAAAUUUUUACCAAAAAUCCUGUUGACAUUUUUUUAAAUAAUCAGGGUUUUUAGCGGAAUGUGUACGCUUUAAGGACUAUUCUGUAAGGGUCCAUUCACAUGUCCGCAAAAUGGGUCUGCAUCCGUUCCGCAAUUUUGCGGA